ACGGGUUGGAAUGCAUGUGCGAGCUCAUGCGGCACAACCGGCAGAACUUGCAGGUCGUUGUGCUGGUCGCCAUCAAGUACCACGAGCAGAUGGGCGCCUUCAAGAUCGUGGAGACGUUCGAGAGCUUCUGCUCCCACGAUGGUGUCUUCUACUUCCAGGGCGCCAUCUUCUUGGCGAGCACGGACUUUGCAGUGCACUUCAGGUACAUUCAGGAGGAGCGACGCCACGACGGGGAGCAGUACCUGACUCGUCUCGGCGUGAGUGACGCAGGAAGGGCGUGA